GAUUUGCUGUCAAAUCAUUCACAUGUCAUUCAAGUCAUUAUUGCCUAAAAAAUUAUUACAUUUUCCAAAAUAUACGUGAAAAACAAUUGCAUUAAAUUUGUGUCGAUACAAUCAUACAGUAUGUCUGAUAUAAAAAUUGUAGCUGCUAGUAUUGUUCACUUUUUAAAACAGCAACUUGAUAGUGACUCACUAAGUUUGGAUUCGAGAGAGAGCGUAGAGGUUGGUGUCCAAUGUAUAGAGACGGCGUUUGAAUUGGGACCAGAGGAUACAGCUCGUAGUGUUGAUUUACUACAGCUAGUAAGACAACAGCGCGGGGGAGAGCCAGCACCUGAUCGCGCCGAAGCCGAGCGUUUAAAAAAUGAGGGCAAUGAAUUAAUGAAAGCGGAAAAGCACCGGGAGGCAUUAGCAAAAUAUUCACGUGCAAUUGAAAUUGAUCCCCGCAACUCUGUUUACUUCUGUAACCGUGCAGCAGCUCAUUUUAAACUCGGCGAACACGAAGCUGCGGUGGCCGACUGCACAGCUGCGCUGGCACUACAACCUGAUUACGGGAAAGCACAUGGGCGUCUGGGUCUUGCUCUUACCGCUCUAGACAAACACCGUGAAGCACGAGCAGCGUUUGCACGCGCAUCUCAACUCGAACCAGACAAUGAAUCAUACAAACAGAAUCUACGUCAUGCAGAUGAGCAUCUCGCACAACGAGGAGAACGUGGACCUCUAGAUAUUGGUGGGUUAUUACAAAACCCAGCUUUAUUGAAUAUGGCAACAGAAAUGCUAGCCGAUCCCAAUAUGCAGAAUCUAAUAUCUGGAAUAAUGACAAAUACAACAGCACCUGGCGCCCCUACUAAUGCUGGAGGCAUGAAUGCUCUUUUAGAAGCUGGUCAAGCAUUAGCGCAGCACAUGCAGGCAGCCAACCCAGACUUGGUAGAACAGUUGAGACGACAAGUUCGUCCCCCCGGUCCUGGAGGCAAUCCACCACCAUCACAGUAAAAGCCUUGAAAUCAUUUGUCAUUACACUCAUUUCUACAUUGGGAAUUACGAAUUAACGGCUCAAGUUACACUUGUUUAUAGCAAUUGAAAGUAGAUAUUACAAUGAGUAGUAAUUUGAUUAAAGACUACAAUUCUCAAAUUAGUAAUGGGCGUUAUUAAUAAGUUGUUAAAUAUAAAAUAAUAAAAUAACUGCUUUUCAGCAAUAUAUCCAGAUGUAUGAGACUAGUUACAUGUAAGGUCUAUGCGGAAUUAUAUAAUAAUGGCCCAUUUAAUUUAUUUAAAUUUACUUCAUAAUCUUCACUAUGAAAAUAUGUAUUUAUUAUGCAUUUGUGUAAUAAAAUGAAUAAACCUGCAAAGUGUCUUUUGUAUAUUCAAAAUUGAAAAUAUGCUAUAUGUUACACAAAAUGUAUGCAAAACAUUACACAAUAUGUUUAUAUACUUACAUAUUUAUUUAAGUCAUCGCUUUCAUUACUAUAUGUAUUAAUUUAUGCCCAUUGCUGGGCAUAGGUCUUGGUUAUGGAAUAAAUUUAUAUGUUAUGUUUAUAUGCAAUAUUUUACUUACAAUUCAAUUAUAUUUAUUUAAAAACCGUCGUACUAUGACAUUAGUAAUGUCUAUAUUACCUGUACAAUUAAAGAAUAUGUGUACUAUUUUUUAUUUCUUCAAAAGUAUCGCAGGUUCUUAACUUGCAU